AUGCCGCGGCCGAGCUACGCCGACAUCUACGCCACCUGCCUCUACAGCGAAAGCGAAGGCUUGCCUCUGUGGAACCCAUCGCCGCUGCGCCUGGGCGACGUCGGCUACCUCCGGCAUGGCACGUUCUACACGCUCUUCAACUGCAUCGACGGUCCGCCCUUGACCCUGUCGAAUGCGGCGAGCAUCGAGCUGGCCACCCGCUCCGAUGGCUCCCGCAGCCGCUCCAGCUCGCUCGCGAGCGUCGCCGGUGGAGCGGCUAGCAGCGCCGACGACGACAUGGACGUAGACGGCGGUGACCGUGGCCGUGGCCGUGGCGGCAGCAGCGUGGCUUCAUCGACGACUGGAUCCGAGCCACCGACCGACAGCCGGAGCUCGAGCCUCGCCCUUCGACGCUCGCCGCGGAUCGCCGCGGACAUCCUCUCGCCGCUGAGCCCGCCCACGUCGCUGUCGAGCCGACGACCUUCGCCCAGGCCAAGCAACCGGUCCAGCACACCCCCCGACGCUGGACCCGGCCCCCCGCUGCCGCUCGAGGUGGAUCAGGAAGCCCCAAAGCUGUUCGACAUGGGCCCGCGCAUGUCGUCCAACUACCGCUGCCUCGGCCUCAGCCUCGGCGCCAGCGUCCCCGGCGCACCCGUCAGCGGCAAGAUCAGCUUCGAGACGUCCGGCGGCGACGGUGCCAUCCUGGUCCCGCGCGACCCGACCGAGCGUUCGGUGCUCAAGCACAUUGGCGUGCUCAAGGCCUAUGUCAAGACGCACCGCAACUGGAUCCACGCCACCUACGGCAAGGCCGAGGACAUCGACGUCGACGAGCUCGCCCUCGUCUACGGCCAGGAUCGCACCUCGGACUGGGGCGUGGGCGUCUCGUGCGACUCGAGCCGCGGCGCGCGCGUCGACUUUGAAGUCUUUGGUUCGGCCAGGACCGGCUUCUGGGGCUCGUGGUCGCACUCGCUCAGCGCAUCGCAGCGAGGGCCGCACCGACCCGUGUCGCAGUCGAGCGGCACGCAGCCCUUCCCUACUGCGCCGGCGCCCGGCAGUCUGUCCUCGCCCUCGGUGGAUCGCGGCGACGCCGACAUGGAGGUCGAUGCGCAGGUCCAGGUGGACGGUGCCGGCCAAGGCGGCUUCACAUUCCGCAAGAAGGGCCGCGGCGGCAGCAGCGCCACCCGCGAUGCCAAUGGCGUGGCGGGAGCGGGUUUCCAAUGGGCGGCCAACAACUCGCUGCCCACCGACCAGAGCAUCAUCAUCCGCCGGGUGACGGCGCGGACGAGCCUGGGGCUCGGCUUCCUUCCUGCGCGCUUGAAGGCGGCGGCCGAGCCCAAGGAUCCCGAGAGGGGUUCGGAGAGCGACAGCAGCGACGACGAGGAGCAAGACUCGCCGGCCGCUGCGACACCGUGCGCAGCCGGCGCCGGAUUGCGACGGACCGCGACCAAGGCUGAGGUUGAGGCGAUCGCCGGCGCGAUCGCCGGCAAGCAUGGAGGCGGCUGGACCGAGGAUCCGCUCGAGGCGCUGCACCGGUGGAUGCAUCGCGAGGAUGCCCGCGUCGAGGUCUCGAUUGCCUCGGACGACGACUGCCUGCGCCUGCUCUCCUGGCUGGCCCAAGACGAGGAGAGCGGGCACCUGCGGGGCCGCAGCCUGGCCGACCUGGUCUCGCUGGCGGCCUCGCGCGUGGCCUCGGUCGAAGUCGACGACGACGGCGUCGCGACGGUCCGGAUGGCGCGCUUUCCUCGCACGUCCCGACCAGAGGCGACCGCCGUCGGCUCGGCAUCGAGGACCUGCGCGGCCACUCGGCUUCGAGCUGGACCGGACCUCGUCCAGCUGCUGGCCAACCUCGAGCUGGCAGCCUCGCUCGGACCUCGUUCGGCACCCCGCGUCAUUCUGCCGCGGUACGACGACGGUAGCGGCGGCGGCGGCGGCGGCGGCGGUGGCGGCAGCAGCUGGCGCAGCAAGAGGAUGGCGUCGCGGCGCCGGCCGGCCAUCUGCUUUGAGCGUGCUGGGGCAGCCGCCAUCGCCGCCUCGCCUUCGAGCGCCGCUGGACCGCCCCUGAUCUGUUGA